AUGAGGAAAACGGCCCUUACUUCAAAGGCAUUCAUCUGUACACAGUCUGAUAGCCCAGGUAUCAGUCAGUGGAACUUUAGCACCUUCCACUGCUGGACUUCAGAACUUUCAUUGGCCUAUGACAUAUGUAUAUUUUCCAAUAAUAUUAAUGAUUUUUCAUACUACAUGGUAAAGAGCCAGAAAGCAGGGACCAUGACUUACUAUUCUUUGUACAGCCAGCAUCUAGCCAAGAGAAUUCACGGGGCUGUUGAAAUAGAGCAAAGUCCACAAGAUUUCCAUCGAGAUGUGCUGAGCAAAGGCCGGAGCCCCAGAAGAAAACAAGUGCAGACUCUGAGCAAAGCUGCCCUCACCCAGAGGGUGAACUCGCUGCCCCUGGGGUCUGGGUGAUUGGCAAUGAGCCCUGUGAUGUUGGCAUUCAUGAGGGAGCUCCCCGGCUGGUUCCUGCUCACUGGGGUCUUCCUACCUGUGACCUUGCUGCUGCUUCUUCUCAUCGCCUACUUCAGGAUCAAACUGAUGGAGGUUAAUGAAGAACUGUCGCAGAGCCCCCAUGACCAGCACAAACGCAAGGCUGGCUCUUACCUGUACCAGCGGAUGAAAAGAACGUGA